GUUCCAGUGUUGAUUCAAACUAUUAGAAGAUUGACAAAGGAGAAGGUGCUAAAAAAGGACGAAACUAUCAACCAACUCACUAAUGAUUUCCAAGAAUGCAUGAAGGAACUUGGCGUUGUGAAGGCGAUACUACCAAAAGUGUUUCAGGAGAGGGAUUUCAUGUGGGAGGAAGUUAAGAGCUACAGAGAGAUGAACAUGCUGUUGAAUUAUGAGAUCAACAUGUUGAAAAGGAAGGUAGAUACCCUCGACGAAGACUUUCUUAUGAAAGAGGGUCAAAUCACAAUCUUGAAAGACUCGAUAGGCAAACCUUUCGACCUUCUUGCAAGUCCUGCUUCUCUGUUGGAGUGAUGGAAGCUAAAUGGCCAAACUACAAUAGUGUUCAUACUUCUCGUAUACUUACUGGUUUUACUCUCAUUCUUCCCCCCCUUUUAUACUUGUUAAAUAGAAAGUUAGCUUCUUUCUUUUGCAACCUUUUUGAAUCUCCAAUUGUAAACAUUUCUUUUACUUGUUGGUGAUCAAGACAAUGAACUUAUUUUGCUUCA